AUGGACUUCCGUCCAUAACCGGAGCCCCACUUUCAAAGGGGGUAUCGAUGAAAUUGGUGGCCUUUCUAAGUAAACUGAUGAGGUUUCACCCGCUUUCCGACGUACUCCGAGGAAACGUCCAAACGCCAUUGAUAAAACUAUAUAAUAACAGAGUUGAACUCACCGGCUUUCAUUGUCGUUUGUGGUGUUCGGACAGACAGUGAUCUCGCCAGCUUUCAUUGUCAUUCGUAGUCUGUCAAUUCAGUUGCAACCUUCCUUUCGCCCCCGACCCUUCAAAUUCCUUCCCGACCUACCUCACGGUCUCACCGCGAACUCUCACGCCCACCACACUCGCAAGACCCCUUGAGGUUCUUUCAGCUCAAAGUUGAGACCUUGACGUGAUUCAGAGCCAGACCCGCCAAGAGUCCGACCAGCAAUGCCGCCCCAGGUCCUGAAGGCCGGGAGCAGGCCCCCCUGGGUGGGCCUAGCGGCGGCCGUCUGGGUCCAGAUAGCGGCGGGCAACACCUACAAUUUCCCCCUCUACUCGUCUGCCCUGAAAUCUGUGAUGGGUUACAAUCAGCAGCAGGUGACGUUUCUGGGCGUGGCCAAUGAUAUCGGAGAAAACAUCGGCAUCCUCCCCGGGAUCGCCUGCAACAAGUUCCCACCGUGGGCUGUCAUGUCCGUCGGGGCCGUCGCAUGUUUCUUGGGGUAUGGUGUGCUUUGGCUCGCCGUCAGUCAGACUGUCCAGGGUCUGCCCUAUUGGUUGUUAUGGAUCGCCCUCUGUGUCGCCACAAACAGCAGUGCAUGGUAUGGGACGGCAGUGCUUGUAACCAACAUGAGGAACUUCCCCUUAAGUCGUGGAACUGUGGCUGGCCUUCUCAAAGGUUACAUCGGGAUCAGUGCUGCAGUUUAUACGGCAAUAUACAGUAUGGUCCUUGACGAAUCGGCCUCAAAGCUGCUGCUCUUUCUCACUCUUGGACUUCCUGUAAUUUGUUUGGUUAUGAUGUAUUUUAUUCGGCAUUGUACUCCUGCCUCAGGAGAAGACUCCUCGGUCCAUGUCCACUUUCUCUUCACCCAGGCAGCGAGUAUUACACUUGCUGUGUAUAUCUUAGUGGUCACAAUAUUAUAUGACUUGGUCUCAUUCGGGAAAAUUCUUGCAUACAUAAUUAUCGUGAUAAUGAUUGUUCUGAUGGCCUCCCCCCUAGCAAUCCCGGUGAAGAUGACUUUUUUCCCAACAGACUUCAAGAAGUUUGGUCCCCGAGGCGCUUCUUCGGACAAGUUAGCUGAAGGAGACAGUGAUUCGACCCCGGCAGAUCCGUUACUGUUAACUCCUUCUUCUUCGGAAGCUAAUCUUGGGAACUUCCAUGAGAGCGAGUAUACCUCGGAUGUGGAGUAUCUGCUUGCUGUCGGGGAGGGGGCAGUGAAGAAGAAAAGGAGACCAAGAAGGGGGGAAGAGUUCAAGUUUCAUGAAGCUUUUAUCAAGGCUGACUUCUGGCUCCUCUGGUUUGUGUACUUUUUAGGGGUCGGUUCUGGAGUGACAGUUCUCAAUAAUUUGGCUCAAAUUGGGAUCGCAUUGGGUGUCAGUGAUACAACGAUCUUGCUUAGUCUCUUCAGCUUCUGCAAUUUCUUGGGACGUCUCGGGGGAGGUGCAGUGUCCGAACACUUUGUCAGGUCAAACAUGAUUCCAAGGACAAUUUGGAUGACUCUUGCGCAAACUAUUAUGGUAGUAGCAUUCCUUUUGUAUGCGUCAGGCCUCAACGGGACUCUCUAUGCAGCCACAGCCUUGCUCGGGGUCUGCUAUGGGGUCCAAUUCAGCAUAAUGAUCCCAACUGCCUCUGAGCUUUUCGGGCUGAAACAUUUUGGCAUAAUCUUCAACUUCAUGGGGCUGGGAAACCCGAUUGGAGCGCUCCUGUUUUCGGGGCUGAUGGCAGGAAAACUCUAUGAUGCAGAAGCUGCAAAGCAAGGAUCUUCGACCUGUGUGGGCACUGAUUGCUUUAAGGUCACGUUCCUGAUUUUGGCCGGGAUGUGUGGGCUUGGGACUCUGUUAAGCAUCAUUCUGUCUGUUAGAAUUCGGCCUGUCUAUCAAAUGCUCUAUGCUGGGGGCUCUUUCCGAAUCGCUCAGACUUCAGGUCACUAGUGAGGUAAAGACGUCUUUCGGUGUAUCCAUGCUGCUCUCGAAAUUGUGCCCAAGAUUUUUGCUGUGUAUAGGGAAAUUUCAGGACUUGGAUCUUUAUCGAGCAGAACUGGGGGUCUCGUGGGCAGAUUAUUGUCUGGCUGAGUUUUUUUUUUGUCGUGAACUGGCUGGAAAUUGAAAGGAUGUUAUACGACUUAUUGACUAUAUAUCGAUCCUGUUGUGCGAUACUGAAGAGAUCAAAAUUCUACAGCUGUAAUGAGAUGCUUUAUGCAGUUUUUAUGCUAUUGCUGCAUAAUCUGAGUAAGCAUAUGUCGGUAAAAUAAAAGUUAUGCUUCCAUUUA